GAAUUAGUCAUUGCCCCCCUCACCAAAGUCUUUUCAAGUCUUCUCUUCAAGUCUCACGUUCUUUUACUUUCAUGGUAUCUUUAAUCAUAACAAGAGUGAUCACUCUUAUUCUUUCAUUUGUUUUUUAUGUGCAAUUUUGAUCUAAUUGUUGUACAUGCAUGAAAGUAAUCUUGGGUUUCAAUUGGUAAGUGAUCAAGUACUAGAUGAUUCUUUUUUUCCUUGUAUAUAUAAUUGAAUACACUCUCGCUUGUCUUAUACUCCGUUUGUCCCAUUUAUUUAUAUACGUUUCUUUUCAACUGCUCGACACGCAUUUUAAUGCUCUUAUAAAAUAUAGUUCUGUAACUUAUUUUUGAGUUCUCGAUGUUUGGUUAAAGCUGUUGAUAUUAGAUUUUUUUGUUUACCGGAGAUAGAAUAGACAGGAAGGUGGUUUUUGUUGAUUCAGUAUGAAGGCUGUUUUCUGAUGGGGUUUAGGAUUAUAUUUUUGAAAUCGAAAAUUUGGAUUGAAGUUCUGUAAUGGCUAGUGUUUUUAAAAGAUUUGUCCCGGAGAAACGGUUAGGUUCUGAUGUUGAUGAUGAGUACAAUUCGGAGUACUCUUUUGCGACAGAGUACACUGGCCCUCUUGUUAGUUAUGAUGUUCCUUGUGUAGCCCCGGUGCACGUUGAUCGAAUUCCGAUAGCAGCUAGUAUAGCCACACCUGAUAGGACUAAGAAUAUGGCACUUCCAGUUGUUCAACCUGUUGCAAGGGUUGAUUCUGGGAAGUUGUCAAAGAAGUCGAAAAAGGGGUUAUUAGGAGAUGCUUCUUCGAUGUCAGUUACCCAUUCGAAUGAACUUGAUGUUGCUCGUGUACUCGAUGUUUCUAAGAGGCAUAGGACAGAUUUUAGAGUGGUUAAUGUGCUUGAUACAUCGGGUGAGUUAGAGUUUUUGGAGACUGAGGAAUGCAUCCACCGCAAUUUGAAUAGAUGUGCUAGUUCUGGUACUUUGGGGUUUUCUGGGAGUCAUGAGACUUCCUGUGAGCUGUCAGAAAGCUCGGGUAUGGAGUCCUUACAUGAGGAUAAAUAUAACGGUGCUUCCUUUAAGGGCCAUGAACAGGAAGCGGUGAAAUGUACAGUGAGGAAAGGGUCAUGUCAUCGAUGCCUUGUUAAAAUUAGGUUCAGGGAGAAGGAAGUUUGCAUAGUCUGCAGCGCAAAGUAUUGCUCUAGUUGUGUACUAAGAGCAAUGGGGUCAAUGCCAGAAGGAAGAAAAUGCAUUACUUGCAUUGGUUGUAGAAUAGACGAGUCCAAGCGAUCUACCCUUGGAAAAAGUUCUAGGAUGCUUAGGCGUCUGCUCACUGAUUCGAGAGCUAAAGAGAUCAUGAGCCAUGAGAUAUCAUGUGCAGUGAAUCAAAUACCACCUGAACUUGUCAUUGUGAACGGGAAGCCUCUCUGUCACGAAGAGCUAGUUCAAUUGCUUGGCUGUCCAAAUCCCCCCAGAAAGCUAAAGCCCAGAAAGUAUUGGUAUGACAAGCAAUCUGGACUUUGGGGCAUGGAAGGAGAGAAACCUUGCCAGAUUAUUACUCCACAACUGGCUGUUGGCGAUCCCAUCAUGAAAAAUGCGAGCAAUGGGAACACAAAUAUCUUGGUUAAUAAUCGGGAAAUUACCAAACCUGAGCUCUGGAUAAUGCAGUUUGCAGGAAUCCGUUGUGAAGGGCAGCCACACUUUUGGUGUAGCGCUGACGGUUCCUUCCAGGAAGAGGGACAUGGGAAUGUAAAGGAGCGAAUAUGGUUCAAGCCAAAAAUCAAACUACUGUGUUCAGUCCUGUCAUUGCCCAUCCCGCCAGAAUCUGCAAACUCUGAUCAAGGGAAAGUUGACGAUAAAGUUGUGUUUAGCACUCAAAAGAGAAACGAACCAUAUAAAUUACUCAUGGUUGGUUAUGAAAAAUCUGGCACGAGUACCAUAUUCAAACAGGCAAAACUUCUAUACAAAAUUCCUUUCACUGAAGAUGAGCGGCAGAAUAUGAAAAACAUCAUUCAGAGCAACUUAUACCGUUACAUAGGUAUUCUGCUCGAAGCACGUGAACAAUUUGAAGAAGAAACUCUAAAUGAAAUGAGGAUGAAAUUCAUUAAUCAACCUGGUCUUUCAGAUACAGCAGAUAUUAAUCAGAUUGACAAGGCAAACAUUUACUCCAUUGGUCCCAGGCUUAGAGGAUUCUCUGAUUGGUUACUCCAAAUUAUAAUGUCUGGAAAUUUGACAGCGGUUUUCCCUGCUUCCACUCGCGAGUAUGCACCCUAUGUGGAGGAACUCUGGAAGGAUAAAGCCUUUCAAGCCACAUUGGAUCGAAGGAAUGAGAUACAAACGCUUCCUAGAGUUGCUAACUAUUUCUUGAAUCGGGCUGUUGAGAUCUCGUCAAUGUACUACGAGCCUUCUGACAUGGACAUAUUAUAUGCCGAGGGGAUUGCUGCUUCAAACGGUAUAGCUAGCAUGGAUUUUUCCUUCUCAAAGUCGAAAAAGGAUAGCAUCUUGGACUCUAAUGAUGAAGAUGAUCCCUUGAUAAGUUACCAACUUAUGAGAGUUCAUUCAAGCAACCUCGGCAAAAACUGCAAGUGGAUGGAAAUGUUUGAGGAUAUGGAUCUAAUUAUAUACUGUGUUUCCUUAACGGAUUAUGAUGAGUACUGCUCUGAUAUCAACGGAGUUUCUACCAACAGAAUGAUGGAAAGUAAGAAGCUAUUCGAGACCAUAGUGACACAUCCAAUCUGUUCUCACAAAAACUUCCUUCUGGUGCUCAACAAAUAUGACCUCUUGGAAGAGAAAAUUGAACAGGUUCCUCUUACUCGUUGUGAGUGGUUCCGCGACUUUAAUCCUCUGAUCAGCGGUCAACAGAGCAGCAGGAGCAGCAGCAGCAAGAAUCCAGUUGCAACACUGGCUCAAAGUGCAUUCCAUUAUAUUGCGGGGAAAUUUAAACGGCAGUUUCAGUCCUUGACCGGAAAUAAAUUGUAUGUUUUUCGGGUUACAGGGCUCGAAUCAGACAGUGUUGAUGAAGCAAUUAAAUAUGCAACAGAGAUUUUGAAGUGGGAGAAUGAAAAGCCAAACUUCAGUAUGAAUGACUGGUCAUCUGGCAGCAUUGAGGCUACCACUACUACAUGAUUGUAGGUACAUUCCUUUUUCUAGUGUACUUGCCACAAAACUUGUAGAAUCACAGAUCAGAAAUAACUUCUUACAUAUAUAUGUACAAAGAAGCUUAUCAUCAAGCUUACAUAUAAAAUUUUGAAAAUUUUACAUAAUUUUGGUCUGAUACACAUGUUCAAGUGUCGAGCGUCUGAUAAUUAUAAUGAGAGUCAAGGCAAAAUAAAGAGUCGGGGCAACGGAUGUUUACAUAUAUUUUCUUUUUCAUUACAAGCAAAGAAAACAACUGCAUCACAAAGCUCACUCCUAUACUUGCUACAUACUCCACAAAACACACACAUAUCUACAAACAUCUCGAAACCUCAGUAAAUUCUGAUCUGCAGCCAAGUAUAGCUGGAGUUAGCACAUACCACCAACCCUAGUUCUUGGUUUCAAGAUGGUGCAAACCUGUCCAUGAUCAUGAAAAUG